AUGAAUCUUAAGGCAAGGCAGAUCGCCCACGAGGCUCGGGGCGUAGAGAGUCCCAUGUCCAAGGGCUCCUCGAGCUUCCUUGCAUCGCCACGGUUUGCCCUAACAGGCACAUCAAUCACCAGUUCACCGUGGGUGCCGCCUGUGGCGGCAGCUUCGGCACAGUCUGGAGAUGCUUCGCCAUCGAAGGUCGAGUCGCCACGAAAGGCGCGUGAGGUGAUCCUUGGGCAGGAAGCUGAAGUGCGACGCCGACUCCAGUGGAGAGAAGAGCUUGAUAGGAACCUGCGCCGACUCAUGACAGACGUAGAGCUGGGUCGAGACCCGGUGAUGAAGCACCAUGGGCACAAGAUGGUGUGUGACCAGUUCGAUCGACUCUAUGGUUGGUUCAAAGAUGCAGGAGACAAGGAAGUGGCCAAGGAGCAGGAGGGACCUGCAUUCGUCCGCUACGAUCCAGCCAAGCCCGUCAUGGCCGGGUCAACGAGAGGAAUACCAAAGGCAUCCGAGCCUUUGUUUGUUAGAGAUCGACGUUCAGGCUGA